AUGUCUGAAUGGAGCUGGCCAUUUGAAGGACCAUAUGCAGAAUUUAUUCAUGCACAUUCUCUACCAAAUUUUGCUAAAUAUGCAAAAACUGAAGUUGUACAACCUCAUUUAGAAAAAUCGAAAUAUACAAUGCCUAAAUCACCAUGGAAUAUGCCUUAUUCUUAUGCAUCAUAUAAAGAAAAUGAAAAUAUUGACUUCAUUGGGCUGUUCACUAUGAAUAUAGACAGAUUUAUGACAAAAAAUAUGGUUAACAGAUUACAAGAAAUGGUAAAAAAUGGUAAAAUUUCUGAAGACGAUAAAAUCCCUACAGAACAAGCAGUAAAAUCUUGGAUCAGUAGAUUUUCUAAAUCUUUGAAAGAAUUAUCAGCAGCAGAGGUUUUGACAUCAGAGACUUCAGCAUAA